UGCGUUGUUAUUUGAAAAUAUGAGAAGCCUAAUCACCGCUUUGGCGGUCAUCCUGUGCGUGGGGCAAGUGUUGAGCGCUCCUAAUAGUUUGGUUCUAUCUACUGUACCCACACCCCCUUUACCGCCGCCGCCGCCGCCACCGAACCAACCGAAUAAUGUGCAUCCCAUUAUCCUUCAGGAUCCUGGUUUCUCUCGUCCAGCGGAACUCACAGAUGGUCUGGAUGCCAACAAAAUUCCAGCACAACCGAUGAUCUACAAAUUCAACAUCAAUUCCACCAUCUCCAAUCGUUUCGCAAAGACUUUAGUUACCAGCAAAGUCAGGAAUCCAGAGACCACAUCGAAAGAGGUCACCUUCACGGUGGUCCUUCCAGAAAAAGCUUUCAUCUCUGAAUUCGUCAUGGAAAUUGACGGCAAGAGCUACACGGCUUACGUCAAAGAAAAGGAAGAAGCUAAGAACAUUUAUGACAAGGCUGUCAGUAGUGGAAUGAGCGCAGCACAUGUUGCAGUAAGCGCCAGAGACUCCAACAGAUUUACAGUCUCCAUCAAUAUAGAAGCAGAGAAAAAGGCAACUUUCCUCCUUACCUACGAAGAACUUUUGGAAAGAAGAAACAAUAAUUACGAACUGGUGCUAAACAUUCAUCCAGGACAGAUAGUCAAAGAUAUGACAAUCGAUAUCUUCAUCAACGAGAGCAGACCCUUGAAAUUCGUGCGUACUCCAUCGAUGAGAUCGGGUAACGAAAUUGGUAAGAACAACGAAAAAUUGGAACCACAAGCUGAAAUCGAAGUUAUUAACUCGACCAGUGCUAGUGUCAGAUUCGAACCAAACGAAGAACAGCAAAGAGGCUUCGCCAAAGAGUUGGGCGUCAAGGAAAAUGAAGGAAUAUCUGGUCAAUUCGUUUUGCAGUACGACGUCGAAAGAGGAGAAGGAGGAGAGGUGCUUCUUCAAGAUGGGUACUUUGUUCACUUUUUCGCACCAGAUUAUCUGGAACCUCUACCCAAGCACGUGGUAUUUGUUUUGGACACGAGUGGUAGUAUGUACGGUAAUAAAAUCAAACAACUUAGAGAAGCUAUGGUCAGUAUUCUUGACGAAUUAAAUGAGGCUGACUCUUUCCAUAUAGUCGAAUUUAACACUAACGUCUAUGUGUGGGAUGUUGAAAAGCAAGAAAGAGUACUAGCUACAAUUGAUAACGAAAAAGAACCUUUCGAAUCCCUAUUGAAAAAAGAAUAUCCUCUUGCUCUUCAAGCCACUAAAGAAAAUAUUAAGAAGGGUAAGGAAGUAAUUGAAAAACUAGUGGAUGAUUCGCUAACUAGUAUAUUGUCAAGUUUGGAAACAGCAUUGCAUUUGGUCAACUUGGAUCUGAGAAAAGGAAAAGCCGAAGGAACAUUUAAGCAACCAAUCAUUGUAUUUUUGACUGACGGUGAAGCCACCGUUGGAAUUAGUAAUUCUGAAGAAAUUACCAAAAUUGUGACAAAUAUUAAUACUCAAAAAGACCAAGUUCCAAUCUUCUCCCUAUCAUUCGGAGACGGCGCUGAUAAAAGUUUCCUUAGAAAACUCUCCUUGAAAAACAACGGAUUUUCAAGGCAUAUCUACGAAGCAGCCGACGCAGCAUUGCAACUUCAAGAAUUCUACAAGCAGAUUUCUUCACCACUUUUAUCAAAUGUAAACUUCAAGUAUACUUCUAACGUAGAAGCUGUUACUAAGAAGGUGUUUCCUAUUUAUUUCGGAGGUUGCGAGUUGGUAUUGGCUGGAAGAACAACAGAUUCUGAAUUGAAAUUCAUUACAACCGGCUCAAACUUGAAUGGUACUACUACAGUGCCUUCAGUCGUAGAAACUCCAGUAUCAUCAUUGGAACGCCUAUGGGCUUACUUGACGAUUAAACAAAAAUUAGAGGAAAGAGAAUUGGCCGAAAACAAGACCCAAUUAACCAAGGAGGCUUUGGAUCUGGCAUUGAAGUAUUCCUUCGUUACCGAUGUCAGUUCGUUGGUGGUAGUCAAACCCAAUGAUACCAGCGCUGUUAAUACCGAAGAUGCUUCAAAUUCAAAUCAGUAUGGUGGUGGUGGUGGCGCAUUUGGUCCUCUCAGUAUACACAGUGCAGGAAUGCCUGGAUUACAUUAUCCUGUGCCUUUGUUAUACAGACCGGCAACGAGCUAUGAUGCUUUCUCUGCAUCAGCUGUGAAGUGUAUUGGACCUGGAUGUGCUGUUUUCAAGUGUACAGGACUUCAUUGCUAUGCACCAACUACACCAGCAACGGCGUGUAGAGGGCCUGGAUGUUACAAACUAGGAUACUACCAACCAACAACCAAUAUUAUUAUGAUCGAUCCUACUGACCCCCCAACCCCUAAGCCGCCAUUACACAUCCGUCUACCAUGGUUGCAGAGUGUAUUGAACCGCAACAAUACUUUAACUGUCAAGGGAGCUUUGUUGGAUCUGGGAGAAUACGCAUCGGCCAUCGCCUCUCAAAAUUGCACUGGAACUCCCAAUAAUGCUUCUGAAAACGGAUUGUGUACACUUCUUAGUAAAUGCCCGCAAGUUUUCCAUUUUCUCACCGAUUUCCAAACAUAUGAGAAAUUUUCGUGCCAAGUCAACAACCAGUACGCCGGAGUGUGUUGUCCACAAGUCGUGACUCGUCCACACGUGCCAGUGCCAGCUGGGCCAAUUCCUUAAUUUAAAAAUAUUUUGUAAAUAUAUUUGUUAAUGUAUAUUAUAUUAAUUACAUAAUAAAAUAUUUAAUUAUUUAA